GAGUUUGUAAGUGUGAAAUAAUGAUUGAGUGCAGAUGGCUAGCAUCAGAAGCACCUUCCACUGAUUUUACUUUACUGCCUCACCUCCCAGCAGAAAAAGCAGAAGCUAAUUAAUCUCAUAGCAAGGUAGAAGGGGGCGUAUGCUGAAGGAAUCAUGCUCACAGCAGAGGGACACUACCACAGAGUUCUGUUAAAGAAAAACAGCCACUCAGACCAGCACAGCACCUUAGCUUUUGACAAGUACUGUAGCAGCAGGCAUUCUAUGAAGGAUUAACGAGCAAUUUUGUUUAACUGUAGCAUUCAGCUUGUGGUAUAUCCACAAAAUCUGAAAAAGGAGCCCAGAGGCAUAAGAGACUGGAAGAAAGAAAAUGCCUAUCUUCAUUCUGUCAGUUGUACUCAUGAGUUGGAUGGUUAACACUGGAGACUUUCUACUACAUUUGCGUAUUGUGAGCCAAGUAGAAAGCAGUCUUCCUGCAGAAAAUAUUUCAGACCAGGAUCUUUCACAUUCAGCUGACAACAGAGCUUUCUACAAUCAGACUUGUGAAAAAUUCACCAGGUCUGUACUGCUGUCACUGAAGUUAGUCAAUGCCAACCUCUCUGUAUUUCCUCCUUGCCUACCAACAUCUCUUACAAGCCUUGAUUUAGCAAAAAACAAUAUCACAGCAGUAAAUGAUUCGGAUGUGGCCACACUGACAAAAUUGCGUAAGCUGAACCUUUGCUAUAACAACAUCAAAGAAAUUCAAUGGGGAGCAGAAGUUCUGCCCAGACUUUCAGUACUGGAUCUGAGUUAUAAUCACCUGGAAUCGGUGCCAGUAUUCUAUGGAAUGUCUAAUCUGACCUGGUUGUCACUUGCUGGAAACCCAAUUAAACAAAUCUGUUACAGUGAUUUACAGGUUUUGUCUAUGCUGGAGCAUCUGAACCUUAGUGAAACUGCAUUAGAAAGUUAUAAUAAAACGGAAGUGGAACUGGUGAUGCAAAGCAAUGAGUCACGGCCCAUGUAUUCUCUCAGGAUACUUGAUAUAAGUAACACUCGUCUACAAAGUAUUUAUCAGAUGCGUUGUGAUCUGUUACCAAACCUUGAAUUCCUCUGCAUGAGAAAAAUGCCAAACAUGAGAAGUGUGGACAGUGACCUGUUUCAGUGUAUGCCAAGGCUGAAGGUCCUAGACUUCAGUGGUUCCCACAUGUUAGAAUUUGUUAAUAACCAAAUAUUUGUAAAUGCACAUCAUUUGCAAUAUCUUUCUUUUGAGAAGUGUGCCUUGAAAAACUUUGAAUCAUGGAAUGCCAGUUUGUCUAAGAUUAAAGUCAACCUUUAUGGAAAUCCUUUAAACUGCAGUUGCAAUAUCACCUGGCUUCUUUCUAACUCAUCAGCUGUGAUUCUUGAAAGAAAAGAAGAAACCACAUGUGAAAGGCACACAGUUAAUGAAACCAUGGUAUCAAUACCAAUCACCCAAAUGCUUGGAGAUUGUGAAGGCCAUAGCGAUACCUCAUCAGCUGCACCAGACAGCCUGACUACAAUGAGCUUUGUCAAAAGCAUGGCUCUGACACAUAGUUCCAUUUAUUCAACGUCUGAUAAAACUGGGGUCACUACAUUAUCUACAGCAACCACAGCUACAUAUUACACAGAAAGCACAGCUCAAGGAAUGCAAGAAAUCAACAAAAAAACAAGUACUCCAAAUAUUAAAAAGCCAAGUAUUAAGAUCAGCUUUCUGCCACAUAGUGAUGACUACCCAGACUAUGAGGAUGAGCCUGUACCAAACAAUGGUCCUUGCAAUUAUGAUGCAUGCAGGCAUCUCCAGAAACCUUGCUCAGAGCUCCAAAAAAUACAUAAUUGUCUCUGUCCAGGUAUAAACCUUGAAAACAUUGUACCAGAUGCUCCUGAUUUAAAACGGGUUUCAGAAAUUACAGAGUCUUCAGCAGAGGUAGAAUGGUGUGCUCCAUAUUCCACCGUGCGUGAAUAUCAAAUAAUUUAUAGGUCAGAAGGAACUGAAACCCUAUAUACUAUUGAUGGAAUUUAUGUCACAGCAAGACAGUUCACACUACGCAAUCUUCUACCACACACAACCUAUGAGGUGUGUUUGGUGGCAUCUAAUAAAGCAGGGUCAAGCAACAACGACACAAAUGCAUUUUCUGGCAAGCACUGUAGUAGGUUUAAAACAAAAUUCCAAAGUAUAGUGUUGCAUAUUGCCUUAGCAGCACUGAGCGGUGUCCUUUUUCUUGCUGUCAUAAUGCUAUCCAUACUUUUGUACAAGCAAUACCGAAAUACUCCAGUUAGCAAUCCAUACCUAAUAAGCUCAGUUUCAAUCAGAAAUCCUAUGUUUGACAAUCUUCAGAAAAGCUACAAAGUUGAAUCACAUCUUGAAGAUAUUGGAGUAUUGAUUUAAGUGAUUUAAUGACUUUCGUGUAUCAUUCCUUCCAACCAUUCUGACAAUAUAUGGAAAGUGAAUGAUGUCUAUGGAUGAUAUGAACUGACAGGAGACGUGAACUAUGCAAAGCUUUUUGAACAUAUUAUUUAAGUGUUUUAGACAGUUCUAAUAAGAAGUAUCCUAGUGUUAUCAAAUCAGAUCUGUGUUUCUCUACUGGCAUGUAUUUCUUUUGUUUCGGAUGCCUAAGAACAUUAGCAACAACAAUAUAUUUUGACCUUACACUUAUUUGCUGUGGAGUAGCUUUGAAAAUAUCCCUCUAUGCCUGUUUUCAUCUGUCAUCUCAUAUUUGACAAAAUAAUUCUGUCAUGUUUAAAUUACUGUACAUUUUCUCCAAACCAUUUAUAAAAUUUGCAUAUUACAUCUUCAAAUAUUUUCUCCCAGCUAUUUAUAAAAUUUACAUUACAUCUUUAAUUAUAAUCAUGUUGUAUCAUAUGUGGAUUGACUUUUCUGAAAAUAUUUCUUUAUAAUUAUAUUUAUAAUGCAUUGUAAUUAGUUGCAGAGUAAGAUUAUGAAAUUAAACGAUGUUUAGCUGGUAGCUGUCUUUUUGUGAGGUACUUUGUACUGCCUCUUCUAUAGGAACAUUUUUUUUCUGCCGUUUGCACUUUAUCUACUAGAAUUACUAUUGUUGCUACUUAUACUUUACAGCUAAUAUUGUCCUAAUGUCUGUCAUCUGUUAGCAGAGAAUUCAACCUAUGAGAUACUAAAUAAGUUUGUCUAGUGCUCCUCGAUCUGAUUCAAUUAGUUCCUAUCCAGACAAUGUACCUAGUUGUUGCUGAAAGGUAUUUGCACCUAGUGGGUUUACCUGGCUAACAAACA